AUGGUAUUAAGAAAAAAGAAAACAACACCAACACCUACUACUUCACCUGCUUCUUCAAAAACAUCACCAACAUCAAUAAACACAACACCAACACUGGUCGAUAUGAAUCAAUCACAAACAAAAUAUUCCAGUUUUAAAGUUUUUAUUGAAUAUUGCGUAGAAAUUGAUGCUAAUCAAACAUUUACUUCACAACAUUUGGAUGCACCUGUAUCAGUUAAACAUGGAAUAGUAAAAUUUGUCAAUAUAGACAGAAGUUUAUUAUUAAUGUUGACAAUGAAAGAAAUGUUCUUAGAUAAACCAUUAUGGUGGCCUGGUACAUCAGAAUUAUGUAUUACUUAUGAACAAUUACAUGAUAUAAUUGAGUCAAGAUCAGAUGAGAGAAAAUUUGCUUUGGAUAUUAAAUCAUCCAAUCCUGGUAAGCGUUUAAUUCAUGUAUUUUCAGCUGUCAAUAGGAAAGAGAGAAAUGAAUUGUUAGCAACGAUAAGUAAGAAUGCUCAACAAUAUCAACAAAUAAUGACUCAACAAAGAGCUAUUCAACAACAACAAGCCACAUAUUAUUUAAGUCAAGCUAGUGCACAAAAAUCAUCAACAUCAUAUGUAGAUCAAACUUUAAACUCAAAAGAAGCAAAUGUUACUCCUGUUGUUACAACCCCACAAAAAAAGAGGUCAUCUGGUAGAUUUUCUAGAAAGACUGCCCUCAAACCACCUCUGAAACCACUUUCAUUUGAAGAUUUUCCACAUUCUGCUAAUAGUAGUUCACCAAGAGUAUUCAAUUUUAAUGACGUUGAUUGUGAAGCCUUUGGAUAUUCACCAACUAUUUAUCCGGUUAGUAAUCAAAAUGACUCUUCAAAUAUGAAGUUUAGGAACAGGUCUUUAAGUCCAACUCCAUUGCAGUGUACAACACCAGAAGUUUAUCGCUCUAAACCAAAUUUUACAUCUCGUUAUUCAGGACAUGAAGACAAAGGAAAUCAAUUCGAUGGGCCGUUGUCAUAUACAAGACCAUUAUCCAAAUCUCAACCACAACUAGCCUAUUCAUAUGAUAACACAUAUUAUCGUCGUGAUGAAUACACUCCAAGAUAUGAAAGUCAAAAUAACUACAGAUCUCCUGGUUAUGCUUCAUAUUCACCAAUUGUCCCUAAAUAUGCAAAUUCAGCCUCAGCAGGAACACCUCAUGCACCGAAUCGUAUUGUUCACUACAAUGAUGAUGAAGAUGAAAUCGGUUAUGAUAACGGCGGUUCUAAUUCAAAAAGUUUUAAAGUGGAUGGAGAUGAUUUAGUCUUAAAAAUCAAUUGUUAUAAUCCAGAGAAUCGUUCUAAAUCUCCAAGAACCACACAUGUAGUUCGUAUUAGUCAUGAAGAUAAUAGGGAAAAUAAUAACAGAAAGUAUUAA